CUCCGUCUGGCUAAAGACGCGUCGCCUGACAGCGCCGCUCCCGCCACGCUGGAGGCGCUACGCCGUCACUCGCGGCAGAUCGCCGCGCGCCGCGUCCGCCGUGUGCAGUUCACUGAGCGAGCAAGAGAUGGCGCUCGCGGUGAUGGUGCUGAGAGCGGUGGUUCCGAGAUGUCCGGCGGCAGUGGUGGCGCGGGCGACGGUGAAAGGCGGCCCUCCACCUGUCGCGUUGAGCUGGGCGCGUUGCUGGCGCCUGAGCCUCGUCCGCUCGACAACAAGGUUAAGCGGCACAGCAUACAUGGUAUGACAGAGGAAGAAAAUGUGGUCCGCCCACAUCAAGAGAUGGCUGUUCUGUCUCUCGAGGAGAAGAAAUAUCUGCUCGGAGUAGAGCGGGGUGACGUUGCGGGAACUCGACGGGUACUGCAGCGGGCGCGUGACACCGGUCACAUCAACGUAGAUUGUGUGGACCCUCUCGGAAGAAGCGCACUGCUUAUGGCCAUUGACAACGAAAACCUGGAGAUGGUUGAGCUGUUGCUUGAAUUUGGUGUGGAGACGCGAGAUGCAUUGUUGCACGCAAUAUCUGAGGAGUUUGUGGAGGCGGUGGAAGCACUUUUGGACCAUGAAGAACGAACGCGUAAGCCAGGCGAAUUGCACAGUUGGGAGGCACUUCCACCCGAGACGGCAACGUUCACAUCUGAUAUAACUCCGCUAAUCCUAGCUGCGCACCGUGAUAGCUACGAGAUCAUCAAGCUUCUGUUGGACCGCGGUGCGGCGCUGCCCGUUCCGCACGACGUGCGCUGCGGCUGCGACGAGUGCGUGUGCUCGCGUCGAGAGGACUCACUGCGUCAUUCACGUUCGAGAAUCAACGCAUACCGCGCGCUCGCCUCUCCAUCGCUUAUCGCUCUUUCAUCGAAGGACCCGAUCCUGACGGCUUUCGAACUGUCAUGGGAGUUGCGACGUCUUUCGGCCUUAGAACACGAGUUUAAAACGGAGUACCAGGAACUACGCAUUCAAUGUCAGGAAUUUGCUACCGCGCUGCUUGAUCACACGCGCACUUCGCAUGAGUUGCAAGUGCUGCUCAACCACGAGACAGGCUCACCUCAGGCACCACUCACUGAGCCCGGGGCACCCGAGCGGAUGAGAUUGUCUCGUCUAAAACUUGCCAUUAAGCUGCGUCAGAAAAAGUUCGUAGCUCAUCCAAACGUUCAGCAACUGUUGGCUUCUAUCUGGUACGAGAGUGUUCCGGGAUUUCGUCGCAAGAACAUGCUACUUCAGGCGGCGGAGAUGGUGCGGAUCGGUGCCAUGUUCCCGUUGUACUCUCUGGCUUACAUCGCAGCACCCCAUUCAACAGCUGGAAGAACACUGCGGAAGCCCUUCAUUAAAUUCUUGUGCCACUCGGCUAGCUACUUUAUGUUUCUCUUCUUGUUGAUCCUGGCGUCGCAGCGCAUCGAGACUGCGGCGAGUGGUAUGCUGUGGGGCGCACCUCACGGAGCUCCCCUGUCUCGUCGUGGGGCACCGCCCUCGCUAGUGGAGUGGCUUAUUCUGGCCUGGGUCAGCGGUUUGAUCUGGAGCGAGGUAAAGCAACUCUGGGACAUGGGGCUUCGCGAGUAUGUACAUGACAUGUGGAACGUAAUCGAUUUCGUGACUAACUCGUUAUACGUCGCCACGGUCGCGCUGCGUGUGGUUUCGCACUUUCAGGUUCGUCGAGAAAUGGGGAUGGGACUUCAAUGGAACCAACCAAGAGAGAAGUGGGACGCUUGGGAUCCAAUGCUACUUUCUGAGGGUCUCUUUUCUGCCGCUAAUAUUUUUAGCAGUUUGAAGCUCGUAUAUAUCUUUAGCGUCAAUCCACACUUGGGACCGCUGCAGGUGUCUCUAAGCCGCAUGGUUUUAGACAUACUAAAGUUCUUUGUGCUAGACAUACUCGUCAUAUUUGCUUUUUCUUGCGGUCUCAACCAGCUGUUAUGGUAUUACGCCGAUAUGGAAAAGAAAAAAUGUAAUUCUGGAGCUUCCCUCACCGCCGCCAACGGCACGCUACCAGAUCCCGACGCUUGCAUCGUCUGGCGACGCUUUGCAAAUCUCUUCGAAACAAUGCAGACUUUGUUCUGGGCGGCUUUCGGACUCGUGGACCUGGAUUCCUUUGAACUUGAUGGCAUCAAGAUCUUUACUCGCUUUUGGGGAAUGCUUAUGUUCGGCACUUAUGCUGUCAUUAAUGUCAUCGUGCUGCUCAAUCUACUCAUAGCUAUGAUGAACCACUCUUACCAACUUAUAUCAGAACGGGCAGAUGUAGAGUGGAAGUUCGCGCGCAGCAAGCUGUGGAUCAGCUACUUCGAGGAAGGUGGCACAGCGCCACCGCCCUUCAACGUGGUGCCGUCGCCCAAAUCUGCUCUGUUUGCGUGGCGCUGGUUGCAGCGACGGCUGUGCGGACACGCACGCGCCAAGCGCGAACACAUGCGCACCAUCCGGAGGAAAGCGAAACAGGCGAACGAGCGUGACUUCCGAUACCAGGCGAUAAUGCGCAACCUGGUGCGUCGCUAUGUGACGGUGCAGCAGAGGCGCGCGGAGUGCGGCGGCGUCACAGAGGAUGACGUUAACGAGAUCAAGCAGGAUGUAAGCGCCUUCCGUUGCGAGCUAGUUGAGAUUCUGCGCAACUCUGGCAUGAACACCUCCACCGCCAACGCCGGAGCUCCCGGUGGAGGCGGCGGCAAGAAGAAUCGUCAGAAGGAGCGACGUCUGAUGAAGGGCUUCAACAUCGCGCCGGGCGGGUCGCUAGCACCCGUGGACGAAUUCCUGGCAUCACUGCACCACGAGCACGGUGGCGCACACGGUGCAGCGCACCACGCCUCACUCUCGGCGCUGCUGGGCGGCCGCUUGCGCGCUAGUCAGUCCAGCCUGUCGGACGGCGGCAGCGGCGCGCUCGGGCCGCGCCGCAAGCCCACUUCGCACAAGCGGCGCUGGGGCACCAUCAUCGAGGCCGCGCGUGCCGCCCGCGUCUCUAAGCUCAUCGGCCGCUCGCGCUCCGAGGACUCCGUCUGCGACCAUGCACGUCCGUCGCCGAGCGGUAGCGAACGAUCGGAUUCUGGAAGUGACUCACAGCGUAGUCCCGAACGAGUCACGCGUAGUGGACCGCUGCAUCCAUUGUCGGCACUAGCGGCUCUCAAACGAAAGCGAAAAAAAUUUUCGGACUCGCGCCGUGCUGCGGAAGGAGCUCGCUCCUCAGCCGGGGUGGCGGAGGCACUGCAGCGUGCCAGCUCCGUUCCUGCACGGGCUCCACCCGUUGCUCCGAUACGUGCCACUCGUCCACCACCUCCUUCCAUUUCACCCUCUACCACCGCCGAAAGUGUGCCUGGCAAAGGUGGUAGUCGAGAACCGUUGUUGGCAAGCCUCGACGAUGACGCACAUAAGCAGGAGACAUGCGGGCAGUGCGGGUAUGCGGCCGCAGCCGAGGCGCCGCCCGCGAGUGAGGACGCGGACGCGGACGACGCGUGCGGACGCUGCGCGUCGCUGGCGCGCCUGGCAGGCGUCACGCCGCUGCACGGACACGCGCCGCACCACUCAGCCGGCUGGCUCUAGCGAGUCCGACUGCAUCGUCGAUGAGGACGCGGUGGAAGAUAGAAUGACCGAUGACAAAAAAAUCAUAACUCGUAUAUUUUAAUGAGCGUCUUUAUACUAUAUGUAGAUCAUUGAAGUUGUGAAGAUAGCGCCAUGAAAUAAUUAUUUUAAAAUUGGUAUUGAUAAUCAUGAUGAUUCGGUUAAAAUAAACAUUCGUUCGCAACUGCAUUCAAAUAUGCACGCUAGUAGUCGUCAAUCAUACGAAUAUUCAUCAAAAAACUACGUACAUAUGAGUUAGGAAUUAGGUAGUUUAGUAGAUAUUUUCCUAUAAUUAUAAUAGUUAUCUAGUUAAAAAUUGUGACUAUUUAUCGAACACCAAUUAGUUAAGUAGAUGCAAUCUAAGAUUACUAAUAGUUUUGUGAUAAGGCCUAACUAUUUUAUAUACCUACGACUUAUAAUAUGUAUACUUAAAAUAUAUUAUUAAUCAAAUAGAUAUAGGUACCUAAAUAUUAAAUAUACGAUACUGUAAUGUGUUCCAGAAUGUUUUCCAGUUAUUAGUUACUUGGUCCGCACCCACGGAGAUAUAAUAGUAAUAUUUAGGACUAAGGUCGAACAAGAAGAAACAGGGAUUUUAUGUGAAACAUGUUGUCCAAUUUACUGAAACUGCAUUAUAUUUUCUGUUCAUAAUAAAUUCCUAUGAGCUUCGUGCACAUUGAUUCGUAUGAAAUCGCCGAGGGCUUGCUGUGACAUAUUUCACUGCAUCUCUAUGUUUAGAGAACUCAGAUUUAGCCAUCACCAUUUACAAAGUUGUUCAAAAUUGAGGUGAAUGCUUUAAAAUUCGACCUACCUCAAUUAAAGUGACCGAUAUUGGCUAGUUAUGUGCACUCUGCAUGCACUAAGAACGUAACGACAUUAGAAGCAAUAGGUGCCCGAAACUAGGUUUAACGAACACUCGCAUUUAAUCGAAACAUUUUGAAGUAUUUUAUAAAUAGAAUACUUAAAAGUAAUGCUAGUGGGUAGUUUAGUUGAAAUAGUUUGAUCUUUGGAGUACUUAACAACAGCUGCUAAGUUCAUAUAUAAUAUCCAAUAUGUGUUUAAAAUAUUCGUAUUACUUAUUUCUUGUAUUUCAUAAAGCGGUAACGCACAGUAAGAAAAUCGGAUUAUUUUUCUUUUUUUAGAAUUCUAAAAUGAUCUUACGGAAAUUGAUCCUUAUCUAGGUCAUUUUUAAUUUAACACAUGGUGCGCUGCUGUACAUUUAGUGUUUUCCGUGUCGAAGCUCUAGAGUGCUACUCUUCGACAUUAGUCGACCUUGGCGCCAUCUGUAGAAUCGGGCUCUUUAAAAGAUUUCCGACAUUAGUUAGACAGCAGGUGGUAAUUAUUUUUAAAUUUACAAUGAUGUGAUGUGAUAUAAAAAUUCUUAUGUUUACUUAUAAAAAUAUCUAAUGAUAAGCAGUACGAUGCAAAAGGCAUCAUUAUUUAAAAUAUUAUUAGAUUUUUAUUGAAUAUUGUAUCAGAUAUCUAUCUAUGAAUAAAACACACAUCCAUUUAAGCCGAGUUCUUCAAUUACUUUAGUAAUAUACUGAGAAAAACACGCUGUUGUUAGAUAUACCAGCUCAUAGGUACUAAUACACAAUACUUAGUAGUGUUAGAACGAAAGGGCUAUCAACGAUGCAUGCGU